CACUUGCAGAGCCGUCUGUGAGCUGAAGGGUAGGAGGCGAGUCCGGCGCUCUCUGAGCAUUCGUAGGCUCCGGCGGCGUCCAACCUCGGAACAGCUGUGAAAGCUGCUGGACCUGGUGGUCGGGCUCUCUGUUCUCCCUUUUCUUCCUUGCCACUUUUAGUUGGCCCCCAAGUCUAGGAGUCUGCAGGAGGGACCCAAGCCGCGGCCCUAGGAUGGGUAACAGUGCCCUCCGCGCUCAUGUGGAAACCGCGCAGAAAACUGGUGUCUUUCAGCUUAAGGACCGCGGGCUGACCGAGUUCCCCUCAGAGUUGCAGAAGCUGACCAGCAAUCUAAGGACCAUCGACUUGUCCAACAACAAGAUCGAGAGCCUACCGCCUAUGAUUAUAGGGAAGUUCACUCUGCUGAAGAGCCUCUCCUUGAACAACAACAAACUGACUGUUCUUCCUGAUGAAUUAUGUAAUCUGAAAAAGCUAGAGAUGCUAAGCCUAAACAACAAUCACCUGAGAGAGGUACCGUCUACCUUUGGACAACUGUCAGCCCUCAAGACCCUGAGCCUCUCUGGGAACCAGCUGCGAGCCCUCCCACCACAACUCUGUAGCCUCCGUCACUUGGAUGUGGUGGAUCUCUCCAAGAACCAGAUUCGGAGCAUACCUGACAUAGUGGGGGAGCUGCAGGUCAUCGAACUCAAUCUCAACCAGAACCAGAUAUCUCAGAUCUCAGUAAAGAUAUCUUGCUGUCCUCGUCUUAAAGUUCUUCGCCUAGAAGAGAAUUGUCUUGAGCUCAGCAUGCUUCCACAGAGCAUCCUCAGUGACUCCCAGAUUUGUCUGCUUGCUGUGGAAGGCAACCUUUUUGAAAUAAAGAAACUUCGAGAAUUGGAAGGCUAUGAUAAGUACAUGGAGAGGUUCACAGCCACUAAGAAGAAGUUUGCAUGAUGUUCUCCAGGAGCAUGGGAACCAUAUAGGACACUGACUUGGAAUCUGUUGCUGAACCAGAGUCUCCUAUUGUUGUGAAGGAUUAUCUGCAGUAAGGAGAUGAUACUCCAGAUUACGUUUUGCACAGUGAUCUUUUUCCUUUCUAGGACUCAUCUUAAGUAAGCUAAAAGAAAUCAAGAGACAGUAAUUUCUGAGUCUUCCACUUUGAGUCAUGGAUAGGGCAGAGACAAUGUUGAUCAUCAAAACCAUCAUUAGUCUGACUUCAAGAAACCAGUAGCACGUUGCUAUUUAUAUAGUGAAGGGGUGCUGCCUAGUAACAGAAUCCCUUCAUAUGACAGCUUGAAAUUUCAUGUUUAGUUUCAGUGUAUGAGCUUUCAUAAAGUUGAUUGCCAUUCCA